UCUCCAGUCACGGGCAGAGCAGAGGUAGACCGAGAGGUACAAUACUCAGUAGUGGUAUAGCUACAUUGGCAGCGGCAAGUAUGAGAGGAGAUAAGUUUACAGGGUGAGCUAGGCUGGUUGGCAGCCGCUGUCGCAUUUUUGGAUAAACAACGCAAACCGCAGGACGUCGAGAGGUCGUGGGACAGUUUGUGUUUACUGGUGGACACAUACGGUUCUUGGAUAGAGAGCGGCGGCAGGAGCAGGAGCAGCGCCAGUGUGUGCUUCGGCAGCGGUCCCGCUGCUAGCGAAACAUGAACAAAAACCACCGAGUGCCGAGCAACCGUUCUCUGAGUGCCGUGGAGGUGAAGAGCAAGUUUGGUGCAGAGUUUCGUCGGUUCUCUCUGGAUCGCUCGAAGCCGGGUCGCUUUGAUGAGUUCUACGGCCUGUUGCAGCACGUUCAUCGCAUCCCAAACGUGGAGUUGUUGGUGGGUUACGCUGAUGUGCAUGGCGACCUGCUUCCCAUCAACAAUGAUGACAACUACCACAAAGCCAUCUCCACUGCCAGCCCUCUACUCAGGCUGUUCCUGCAGAGGAAAGAGGAAGCUGAUUACACAACAUUUGGUACCGACUCCCUGACCAGGAAGAGAAACCCAGUGCUUUCGGCGGUUCUUCUGCGGCCUGACACCAACAGGAAAAAGCCGCCGGUGAUCAUCAGCCUCCCCAGGGACUUCCGCCCUGUCUCCUCCAUCAUUGAUGUGGACAUUCUUCCUGAGACGCAUCGGCGUGUUCGCCUGUACAAGCACGGCCAGGAAAAACCGUUGGGCUUCUACAUCCGCGAUGGCUCCAGCGUACGGGUCACUCCACAGGGCCUGGAGAAGGUCCCGGGCAUAUUCAUCUCCCGCAUGGUGCCCGGCGGGCUGGCAGAGAGCACCGGCCUGCUGGCAGUAAAUGACGAGGUGCUGGAGGUGAACGGUAUCGAGGUGGCUGGAAAGUCUCUGGACCAGGUGACGGACAUGAUGAUCGCCAACAGCCACAACCUCAUCAUCACUGUCAAGCCUGCCAACCAGCGGAACAAUGUUGUUCGCAGUGGAGGAGGAGGCGCGGCGUCUGGUAGCUCGGGACGCUCGUCGGACAGCGGCGCCAGCUACUAUGGCUUCUCAUCGCAGGGUGGGGUCAGCGCCGCCGCCUCCAUGCCGUCACACAUCAUCCAGAACUUCCCCGCCGGAGAGCUGGAGAGUGACGAGGAAGACGAGGACCUGGUGAUCGAGGCGGGGGGCGAGGCUGAGCCCAUCAGACGGGCCCCCUCCAACUACAGCAUGCCCUCGCUGCCUCGCUAUGAGCCGCACCUCAACCUCCGCACCGCCGCCACCUCCACCUCCGCUCUUUCCAUCAAUGCCAACGGGACCCUGCCAACCAGCGGCAGCAGCGGAUCGCUGAGCAACGCCAAUGCCACCUCGACCACGCCGUCGCCAGACAGAGCAAUGGAGAGGCGGAGUCUGGAGGAGGAUGGCACUGUUAUAACUCUGUAGACUGGGCGUUCACACACUAAACACUGGAAACCAGAGAGAGACAAAUACUACUACACACACUGGUGGGAGUCGUGGGUCAGAAAAGCAAACACAGGAACAUCCUGUGCCAUCCCACAGCGACUGUACCUGAGAAGCACAAUGAAAUGUGUACAUAUUUGAUCUCAACACGACACCUAAAUGUUUGUACAUCUUAACAUUUACACGUCAAACACUGCACCCCGUACUUUGCUCCUCUACAUGCCAAUGACCAUGCAUGUGUGCCAUAGUGGUAACCCCCCUCCCCCUGCUGCAGGCACAAAAAUGUCAGAUGAAGAAGUGUAAAAAAAAAAAAAGUGUAAUUUGGUGCCUCCCUACCCUCCACUUUAUUUCUUAAUCACUAGAAGCACUUGUUUUUACCCCAAAAACUGCUGAGCUUCCACUUGAGGGCAUCCUCACUGUUAGUAAAUUCUACCCCACAUUACACACACUGAAGCAGGAAUUUAGCUCAAGCAUUUAUUGACAAUCUGUGUUUUGGUGUUUGUUUUUUUGCCUCGUCACCCAACACUCCACCUCCUGCACCACACUAUGACCACCCUCCCUCCCCCCAGGUGACCACAGCAUGCGAUCGGUACACAGUUGCGGUACUUUCCACACAACGCAGUGCCACAACAAUCGACCAAGUGCUGAGAUCUGCAAUAAUAAUGUAGUUUUUAUUGAGAAGAACCGCCUAAAAAAACAAGUCUGGGUUCUUUGUGUUGGCUCAGAUGCUUUUAACCACUGUUGUUAGCUGUUUUUGCCUCUCUUUACCUGCUGUGUUGAUGACUGAUAAUGAAAGGCUGAUUAUUUUGAUAAUUCAUGGGAGCAGCUUGUCUUUUUAAAACCCCUCUACCAUUAGAAGCCUGUGUUUUAUAUUCAUUUAAUAUUUAGUUUCUUUUGCAACACUUCUUAUCUCACGAACGACUGUAUGACCAGUUUCCAUCUGAUCGACUAGAAAGUGUGAGUCACUCCAGAAAACUGCUCCUACCUGGGAAUGAGACAUCUUCGAGUUAAUUUCCCUCCCGUACUUCCUUCAUAUUGCACUCCCUCUCCUUUCCACGACAAGGGCUAUUUCCCCUGCUGCAUGUGUACAAAUGACAAAAUGUGAAUGUGAUUUAAUUUCUUUGUUUGUUUGUUUUCUUCCUCUCCCAUUUUUUCUGGACCAUGACUCAAUAUAUCUAAUCUCAGUACUGUACAGUAUCAUCAUCUCUGUUUUCUAGCCAGGCUCUGAGUUCACUUGGAUGUGUCCUGAGACAUUCACAGAUGAAAAGUGUUCUCUCCAGUAUUUCUGCCCUUUUCUUUCUUUUUGUAUCUUCAUUCUCACUGAAUCCAAUUAAUGCCACACUACGAGAGAAUGUAAGAGGACGGUUUUCAGAAUAACUACUUAAAUAUCGACUAUGGGCCUAAAUGAAUAUAGCUGGACUUUACCAUUAUUAGCAAAUAUAACCUCCGAUGUGAGUUGAGAGGAUACAUACAGUGACAACGUUGUGUGUCUUAUAAUAAGCCCUGGUCAUAUUUACACAAACACACAUGCAGGUACAAACACUUUCUGUAUUUGAUAAAGGUGAGGCAGCUCUGUCGUAUGUACAGUCUGCCUCAGCUCUGAUCUGUAUGUGCUAUUUUCACUGAAGCUGCUUGCUUUCCUUGAAAAACCCCUAAUGAAGCUGCAAUGAACUUCCUUGCAGCAAAAACUUGAUUGACAUAUUAGGUCAUUAAGUCCCCCUCAGUUUAAAAUAAGUUUGAAUUCCUGUUCCUACAGUGUGCUGUUUGAAUGCUGUCUGUGCAGUUUGACUCUAGAAGGAUGUUUUCACAUUCAUCUGCUGAAAGUGGAAAGUUUCUCUGUGUUCAUUGAACGUCUGAUUUUAAGGGGCGGGGCCUACCAGCAGGAUUUGUGACAUCACAAAUAGUCUGGAAGUCAGUCCUGGUCCAGUGUGCAACUUGUACAGUGUGAUGUAGAAACUUGAAGCCUCCAGUGCACAUCCACUGAGAAUGGACUUUACAGUGAAGUAGGAGACAUCUUAAAAUUUUAAAUUAUCAUUAUUAGCAUAUUCAUAGAUUCUGGAAUAUUUAAUGAGGUAGAAAGGAAAUUAUACUUUUUGUGCAAAAAUCAGACACACAUUAUUGUUCCAAGCAGACUAUUUGUAUAUGUCGUAAUAUAUGUCUGAAGGGGAUCUUUAAAAUUCUUCAGAAGUCCUUGUAUUUUGUUUUCAAAGCUGCACUCUGAAACAUUUUUAAAUACCUCUUUUUACAGCUCCCAAGCUCUCUGAGGCUAAUUUGUGAUUUUAGGCUUGAUUAAUACAAUUGCCUUACAGAAUUCUUCAGUAGUGGAGUUAAUCUGAAUUGAGUGAAACAUUUUCAGAGUGCAGCUUUAAAUAGUAUUUGCAGGAUUUUGCAUCUAACUCCGAUUAAUUUGCACACAGAAAUGUGUGUUUUUGAUCACGUCCAUUUAAAAGUUUUCCACAGAAAAGAAGUAAUUGUGGCACAGCUUUAGUUCCUGUUCUUAAAGCGGAUCCAUACCAUUUAUUAGAAGAACAUACCCAUUAACCUUACAUGCUGCUGCUAACUGCCUCCCUGAAGUGAGAGCAGACACUUUAUUUCCCUUAUUGAUUUUCAGCAUUUGGUCUCCUGUUGAAAGUGAUAAGAUAGACUUCAGCAUGGAUUUUUAUCCCACUUACAGAAACAUUGUUCUCACACACACACACACACACACACACACACACACACACACACACACACACACACACACACACACACACACACACACACACACACACAGGGACACUCAGUAAAAUAAUGUUCAUUGGCUUCAUCUGAACCUGUGUGCACUUACACAGUCCAUUCAUACAGAUCACACUAAUGUUCAUCAUUUCUAGGUCUGUCUUUGAAUAUCUGAUGAGCCUAUCAGACAGUGAAUAUCUAUGACUGGAAACCAACACACAAGUCACGUACAUGCGUCCACUAUCGUAUUUCAAGCUGUUUGGAUAAGGUACUGUCUUUUGGCCUUUUAUUGUACACCGAGUGCUGGUGGGAUUCUGUCUUCUUUCGUUCCCAACGUUAAACAGUAAUGAAUGGUACCCUGAAUGGAAGACUUUUAGAAAAUCAAUGUUAAUUUAUUUUCUUUAUUUCUAACUUUACCACAGGACACUGGGAUUGUAACCACAGCGACAUUGUUAUUUAUUCUCUAAUCAUGCGUCUGCAUAUUUUCUUUCUUUGUACACAUUUUAUGACUUUAUUUUUAUAACUGAUAUGUUUUUGUUUAUUCAUGAUUGUUGUUUUGGUUAUAAAUCUUAUGGUAGAUGUUAUUGCCCUGUAGGAGAUGAUUUUUUUUUUUAAGUCUGAUUUUACUGUUCUGGCUAAAGCAACAGGAGAAUCUGUGCAAGACACUAUUAUUUUUUUUCCAUACUGUGAAUUAUCAAUAUUUCGUGGGAGAGAAACAGUUGUAUUAGCACAACCUCAAAACAGGCUACAUGUUUUGCUUUGUGUCAGAUUCUUUUUUUUUAAAGUGAUCGAGCAAUGAUUUUUGCUUGCCAGAUAAAUCCUAUGAUAUAGAUUUGUAAUGAAGAUUGUCAGUAUUUUCAUAUUGAUGCUAUAUAUGAUGUACAUUUUUAUCACAUUUAAUGAAAAAGUUUUAAGAUUCAACUGGAAAUGUAUGAAUAAAUUAAUGUACACCUGUAAUUGCUGAUUGGAGGAGCUGGAUAAAAUAAACUAAUAUGUAGCAAUCUUUA